AUGCUCGCUAUCGUGAAUCUCGUGCUGCGCUACCACCAUGCCAACGCAGCCCUGGAGCAGAGUACCCGUGUUAUCACCGAUUUCCUGGGCCCAUCGCCGUUCCUCUCGCUCAGUGACGCGUGCAAAUUUGGGUCUAUCACGCUGUUGGAGUGGAUUUGGGAAGCGAGUUGCACUCGUGAAGCCGACAGAACGCCCGGAUGGUCUCUCGCUAACUUCUUGCGAUCGGAUCAGCAUUACCUCAAGUGGCAGUUCGCCAAGGCACUGGAAGCAGCGGCUACCCGAGGGGAUUUACGGAUGGUGGAGUGGAUUUUCGCGCACUUUCCUGGAUGUUAA